AUGGAGACGUCGGCCCCAAUCACUGCCACGGAGAAGAAAGACGCCAAGAGUGGGAGCCUGGAGGGUGCGGCUUUCCCGGACCCGGGCAGGAAGGCCUCUGCUCUCGCGGUGGCCACGGCGGCGGCGGCGGUAGCUGCCCACGGAGUGCCGCAGCACCUUUUGCCACCGCUCCAUGCUCCCUUCCCGAUUGACAUGAGACACCAGGAGGGAAGGUACCAUUAUGAGCCCCACUCUGUCCACAGCGUGCACGGGCCUCCUGCCCUGAGUGGCAGCCCUGUCAUCUCGGACAUCUCGUUGAUCCGGCUUUCCCCACACCCUGCGGGCCCUGGGGAGUCCCCCUUCAAUGCCCCGCACCCUUACGUGAGCCCCCACAUGGAGCAUUACCUCCGAGCCGUGCACAGCAGCCCCACGCUCCCCACCAUCUCAGCAGCCCGAGGUCUCAGCCCCGCUGACGUGGCCCACGAGCACCUCAAGGAGAGGGGACUGUUUGGCCUCCCCCCUCCAGGGACCAACCCCUCAGACUAUUACCACCAGAUGACCCUCAUGGCGGGCCACCCUGCACCGUACGGGGACCUGCUAAUGCAGAGUGGGGGUGCCGCCAGUGCACCCCAUCUCCACGACUACCUCAAUCCAGUGGAUGUGUCGCGUUUCUCCAGCCCGCGGGUGACGCCCCGCCUGAGCCGCAAGCGGGCGCUGUCCAUCUCCCCGCUCUCGGACGCCAGCCUGGACCUGCAGCGGAUGAUCCGGACCUCCCCCAACUCGCUGGUGGCCUACAUCAACAACUCCCGCAGCAGCUCGGCUGCCAGCGGCUCCUACGGGCACCUGUCGGCAGGCACCCUCAGCCCCGCCUUCACCUUCCCCCACCCCAUCAACCCGGUGGCCUACCAGCAGAUCCUGAGCCAGCAGAGGGGCCUGGGCUCUGCCUUUGGACACACUCCACCCUUGAUCCAGCCCUCGCCCACCUUCCUGGCCCAGCAGCCCAUGGCCCUCGCCUCGAUCAAUGCCACACCCACCCAGCUCAGCAGCAACAGCAACUGUCUGAGCGACGCCACCCAGAACAAGCCGAGCAGCGAGUCAGCUGUGAGCAGCACCGUCAACCCCAUCGUCAUUCAUAAGCGCAGCAAGGUCAAGACAGAGGGCGAGGGCCUACGGCCGGCCUCCCCACUGACCCUGACGCAGGAGCAGCUGGCUGACCUCAAGGAAGACCUGGACAGGGAUGACUGUAAGCAGGAGGCUGAGGUGAUAAUCUACGAGACCAACUGCCACUGGGAAGACUGUACCAAGGAGUAUGACACGCAGGAGCAGCUGGUGCAUCACAUCAACAACGAGCACAUCCACGGGGAGAAGAAGGAGUUUGUGUGCCGCUGGCAGGCCUGCACACGGGAGCAGAAGCCCUUCAAGGCGCAGUACAUGUUGGUGGUACACAUGCGCCGACACACGGGCGAGAAGCCCCACAAGUGCACGUUCGAGGGCUGCUCUAAGGCCUACUCUCGCCUGGAAAACCUGAAGACACACCUGCGGUCUCACACUGGGGAGAAGCCAUACGUGUGUGAGCACGAGGGUUGCAACAAGGCCUUCUCCAACGCCUCAGACCGUGCCAAGCACCAGAACCGCACCCACUCCAACGAGAAACCCUACAUCUGCAAGAUCCCAGGCUGCACCAAGCGAUACACAGACCCCAGCUCUCUGCGGAAGCAUGUGAAAACGGUACACGGCCCAGAUGCCCAUGUCACCAAGAAGCAGCGCAACGACGUGCACCUCCGAACGCCCCUGCUCAAGGAGAAUGGGGACAAUGAGGCCAGUGCCGAGCCCGGCGGCCGGGGCUCUGAGGAGAGUGCCGAGGCCAGCAGCACCAGCCAGGCCGUGGAGGACUGCCUGCACAUCAAAGCCAUCAAGACCGAGAGCUCCGGGCUGUGUCAGUCCAGCCCCGGGGCCCAGUCGUCCUGCAGCAGUGAGCCCUCGCCCCUGGGCAGUGCCCCCAACAAUGACAGCGGCGUGGAGAUGCCGGGGACAGGGCCCGGGAGCCUGGGAGACCUGACGGCUCUGGAUGACACGCCCCCGGGGGCCGAUACCUCAGCCCUGGCCGCUCCCUCUGCUGGUGGCCUGCAGCUGCGCAAACAUAUGACCGCCAUGCACCGGUUCGAGCAGCUCAAGAAAGAGAAGCUCAAGUCGCUCAAGGAUUCCUGCUCCUGGGCCGGGCCAGCUCCACACACCCGGAACACCAAGCUGCCUCCUCUCCCGGGAAGUGGCUCCGUCCUGGAGAACCUGGGCGGCGGCGCGGGCGGCGGGCCGGCGGGGCUGCUGCCCACCGCGCGGCUGUGCGAGCUGCCCGCGGGCGAGGUGACCGUGCUGGGCCACCUGCAGGAGCGCCGCGACAGCUCCACCAGCACCGUCAGCUCGGCCUACACCGUGAGCCGCCGCUCCUCCGGCAUCUCCCCCUACUUCUCCAGCCGCCGCUCCAGCGAGGCGUCGCCCCUGGGCGCCGGGCGCGCGCACAACGCCAGCUCGGCCGACUCCUACGACCCCAUCUCCACCGACGCGUCGCGGCGCUCCAGCGAGGCCAGCCAGUGCAGCGGCGGAGGGGGCGGCGGGGGCGGCGGGGCCGCGGGGCCGCUCAGCCUCACCCCCGCGCAGCAGUACAGCCUGCGGGCCAGGUACGCCGCUGCCACCGGCGGGCCGCCCCCCACCCCGCUGCCCGGCCUGCGCGCCCGCCCCGCGCCGCCCGGCCCCGGCCCCGGCCCCGGCCCCUGCCCCUGCCCGCGCGCGCUGGGGCCCCGGCGGGGCAGCGACGGCCCGGCCCACGGCCACGCGGGGCCCGCGCCCGCCUUCCCCCACGAGGCCCCGGGCGGCGCGCGGCGGGCCAGCGACCCGGUGAGGCGGCCCGACGGGCUGGCGGGCGCGCGGGUGCAGCGCUUCCACAGCGCCCACGACGUGAGCCCCGCGCGCCGCGCCUUCUCCCCGCGGCCGCCCGGCAUCAGCGAGCACGUGGCCCUGGAGGCCUUGGCGGCGGCGGGCGCGGGGCCCGAGGUCGGCCUGGGGCUGCCCGACGACGACCUGGUGCUGCCCGACGACGUGGUGCAGUACAUCAGGGCGCACGCCGGCGGCGCCUUGGACGGCGGCCCCGCUCAGGCCUGCGCCCCCGAGAGCUCCUGCUUCUCCGAGCCCCCGAGACCGCCCAGCCCGGGGCUCCACGGCCAGCGCAGGUUGGGGCCCGCCGACCCCAGCGUGGGACCCGCGGCCCCCGCGCUCGCGCUCGGCGGCUGCCAGCUGGGCUACGGGCCCCCCGCGGGCCCCAACAAGAGCAGCAUGCCCGUGCAGUGGAACGAGGUGAGCUCCGGCACCGUGGACGCCCUGGCCAGCCAGGUGAAGCCUUCCGCCUUCCCACAGGGCAACCUGGCCGUGGUGCAGCAGAAGCCGGCCUUCGGCCAGUACCCGGGCUACAGUCCCCAAGGCCUGCACCUGAGCCCAGGGGCCCUGGACAACGCGCAGGCACACUUUCCGCCCUGCGCGGGAGGCCCCUCCAUGCAGAGGAUAAAUUACAUGCAGCAGCUGCGGCAGCCAGGGACAGGUGGUCAGGGUCCCAGUAUGACCGCCACCUCCGGCCCCCACGCCAACUAUGGCCAGGGCCACCACCCCCAGCUGAGCCCCAGUACCAUGGGUGGGGCCCUGAACCAGUACCCUCCAUCCUGCAGCAACGUGGCCGCCAAGCCGGUCCACCUGGGGCACCCCCAGCAAAUGGAAGUGGCUCCCGAAGCCACCAUGCUGGGCAGCAACCGCAGGGAACUCGGAAUCACCGGUUCAGCCCUGGCCGGGAUGCCACCGCUUCACUCCACCCAGAGCUACCCGCAGCAGGGCCAUCACCUGGCGACCCCCAUGAGCCAGGAGGGCUACCGCCAGGGCCCCAGCCUUCUGCCUUCCCAGCAGCCUGGUUUCAUGGAGCCCCAGCAGGGCACCGUGGGGGUGUCCGGGUCAAGCUUUGGCCUGGUGCAACCCCGGCCACCUGCUGAGCCCAGCCCUGCCGGCUGCCAUCGCGGGGUGCGCGCGGGGCUGCAGCUGGCCUACGCCAGGGCCACCGGCCAUGCCGUGGCUGCUGUCUCGGCCAACCAGGAGAUGGUAGAUGUGCCCAAGGGAGCGAUGGGCAACGUGGGGGCCCGGCCUCCUCAGCCACCCCCACAGGACACGGGUGGGGCCCAGGACCACAGCAUGCUCUACUACUACGGCCAGAUCCACAUGUACGAACAGAACGGAGGCCUGGAGAAUCACGUGGGCUGCCAGGUCAUGCGGCCCCAGCCGCCGCAGCCACAGGCCUGCCCAGACAGCGUCCAGCCCCAGCCCUUGCCCUCGCCGGGGGUCAACCAGGUGUCCAGCACGGUGGACUCCCAGCUCCUGGAGGCUCCCCAGAUUGAUUUCGAUGCCAUCAUGGACGAUGGCGAUCACUCGAGCUUGCUCUCAGGCGCCCUGAGUCCCAGCCUCCUCCACAGCCUCUCCCAGAACUCCUCCUGCCUCACCACCCCCCGGAACUCCCUGACUCUGCCCUCCAUCCCCACGGGCAUCAGCAACAUGGCCGUUGGGGACAUGAGCUCCAUGCUCACCAGCCUGGCCGAGGAGAGCAAGUUCCUGAACAUGAUGACCUAAGGCCCUGGCCCCUGGCGCCCAGUGGACUCGGAGGAGCCCUCAUUUCCCAGAGCGUGGGGGUUUUUGCCAAUGUUGUCUUUUUCCAAAAAAAGGAUUUAAAGGUCUGAGGGCAUUUUGCUAAUGGCUGGUUCAGACCACAGAUGCUUUAAGGGCAGGUUUGUGUGCAUCCUGUCUGGUCUUCUUUUGAGUUAUUUUUUGGAACGCUGGGAAAGGCAAGGUAGGAACGAAAGACUCUUUUGCACAGUGCUUCCCAGUUUUUGGUGUUUCUAGGACCAAAUUGUUCUGGCUUCUUCACCUCUGUCAUUUGGCUAAUGAGGGAUUCCACUGGCCAAAGGCUUUCCAAGUACACAAGGAAAGAGGGUAGAGGGAACCCCACAUUUGGGUUCGAAUCUGAAAGCCAUACUGGAUAUUCUAAUCCAGGAGGAUAAGCUUCUCCUUCCCAUACUUCCAAGGUAAAAGAAUCCCUGGCCCACCAGAAUUCUCCUAGGAAGCUUUCUUCUCGAAGCCUCUGACAUCCUCGUGCCACAGAGGAAGCAAAAAGAUUUUUGCCUGGAUGAUUUGGAAGCACAUCCCGAUUCCAGGUUUUGGUAGAGCCGGCAUGUCGACCCCCACAAAGCCGAGCCUGCAGCUGGCAGACUGGCCAAGUGUAUGUGAAUGAGUAAAGUAUGGAAGUGUCGCCAGAAAAGGGAAAGGAAAAUUGUAGUACUCGGGGGGCAAGCCCAGAGCUGCCCUGGCCUCUCCAGACCGUGUUUACAAUGUUCGUGCAUGUCGAAUGUAGCCCUUCCUGGAAAGAACGCUUACUUCUAAAUACCUCGGGGCUGCUGGAGCUGCUGGGGGUCAGGGAUGGACCCAGGUGAGCCAAAGCCUGGCACGGGGCCUCAAGAAAGUGGGAAGAGCACCAAGGGCCCAGCCUCAGGCCACCCGGGAGAUCUCCCAGAAGAAGAGGAAGUCGUAUGUUUACCCAAUCCUGUUUCUCCAGUGCACUGUCCACCCACUUUACCCUGGAAACGCCCAGGACAUGACAGCAGCCUCUGCCCAGGCUCCCCCAAGGCUGUGCUGUCCACUCACCCGCAGCCCAGCCGUCUGUGCCAAGGCGCAACAUGCAGUCCCGGGAUCUCUGGGAUUCCCUCCUCUCUGUCCUCCUGUUCAUUUUGCAAAGUACAAUGACAUGCAUGGUGUCUUUGGUGGGGGUGGGAGGGUGACGGGGUUGAUUCUUGGGACUCUGAGGGACCAUCAACUGAAUUUUCCUGUUCCGUGUGACCAAGCACCACCCGGAAAUGCAGUUCGGAACUGGCAUCAGAAGACAUCAUUCCUGAAUGUACUGUCGGGUGAAUUGAUGCCUCCUCCCCACCAUGUGCGCACAAGCACACACACACACACACACACACACACACAUGCACCCCACACCUUCCUCAUGUAGAAUUUGUGGCGACCUUGCCAAAUCCAACCUCACCGCUAUGAGCCUGGCCUCAACCAAGGACAAGGCCAAAGCCCUACCCGGGCCCUCUGCAUCUCAGAACACCAGAUGCUUUGUUAGGGUCCAGCAACAAAGCCAACGCCAGAUAACAGCCCUGGGAUGCCUCCAAGGGUCUGGGCUCUGUGGCGGUGACCGUUCGCUCCCUGAGCUAGGAUUUCGCUAGCCAUUCCCAGCCUGUGUAUAGUCUGUACAGAAGGCAUCAUCCCUGAAAAUACCGUAGGUGAAUCAGCCAGCCAAAUUUAUAUCUCCAAAAUAUUUAGCUUUUUCUACAUGCUAUGAAUUGAGAUGACACGCUCAACUUGUAAAUAAGUCUUUUUGUACAUUAAAAAAGUAAUUUUUUCAUAAUUUA